AUGUCAAUGUUCAAAUAUGAGCCGAUUUCCAGAGAUGUCCCCAGUAUACGUCUGCUCAGGCUGCUCAGGGGCCCUGCCGAGAUACACCCUUGGGACAGCAGCGGGAUCAAGUGCGAGUUUGAGUUGACACAUCUCGACGACGAUCGGGAUGUCCAGUACGACGCGAUAUCGUAUGCCUGGGGCGAUGAUGAGAGGACACAGACGAUCCAAUUGUCUGGAAAGCCCUUCAUGGUCUCGAAAAUCGUCGAGGAUAUCCUGCUUCGGCUCCGCGUCCCAGACAGGGAUCGCCUAUUGUGGAUCGAUGCGAUUUGUAUCAACCAAGGUAAUCUGGCAGAGAAGGAUCAUCAGGUCGACCGUAUGCGGGAUGUGUUUGCGCAGGCGCAGACGGUGAUUGCUUCUCUCGGCCCACACAGAGAGGUUGACGAGUAUGGACAGCCUGGAAUCAGCUAUAAGCUCCACAGUGCUUUGAAGCUUGUCAAGUCGUCACGGUCCACUUUUGGCAGUGCUGUGAAGCUGAAACUGUCGAGUACGGACGAGUAUUGUCUCUUGCAACUAUUGCAAGUGCCGUGGUUCAAACGCAUCUGGGUCAUUCAAGAGGUUGCCGUGGCCAAGCGGUUGCUCAUCGUUUCAGGUCGAAACGAGGUCGAGGGUCAUUACUUCGCUAAACUGCACAGGCGAUUCCUACCGCGGGUCCAGAACAAGAAACUGCGCUCGAAGCUCGAGGAACUAGGGCCCUUGCUUGGCUUUAUGGGUUCAGAGAUUGACAGUGAGGCAAAAUCAGAGCUGCUGGAUCUCCUCCAGCACUUCCGGUCGUGGAACUCAACAAAUCCUCGCGAUAGGAUAUACGCUCUUCGAGGUCUUGCGAUCGACGGUUUGGAGGUGCCAGAGUUGAAGCCCAACUAUAAGCUGCCGGUACAAACCGUAUACGAAAGAGUUGCAAGAUACAUGAUCAAGAGAUAUGAAUCUUUGGCCGUGCUCACUUACGCCGUCAAAAGGCCUCAGCCAGCCCCCGCUCAGCCAGAAGGAUGGAUUCCGUGGAUAUUGAGACAAUUCCAAGGCGAGACUCCCCUCCAGCAGAUUCCAGUCCACCUUACUUGGUGCCCGGACUGGAGGGACCCAUACACGCUUUCGAAUGAUCCAGAACCCGUCUCUCGUCAACGGGCGUCGUUGCCCGCACCACGCCGACAACGCAGGUCGUCGCCAGUUCACGGAUCGUCUGGAUCUCCUGAGGACCCUGAACCUCUCAGGGUGAAAGGCUACGCCAUAGGCGUCGUCACAUCAGUCUUCGACGGCAACAUCGAAGCAAGCCCGUUCCCGGCCAUCAAGCAGCAGAUCCCUGAAUGGCCAUACAACAGAAUCUCCAAGCAUCUCAAGGAGUUACAUGCAUCUUUGAUAGACAGUGCAGCACGCCAACUUGAGUUCGAGUAUAACAUCAAGGCCCAAGAAACCACAAACCAGCUCGAGGCCCAGUGGCGCCGAAAAUACGGCUGCCCCACAGAUCUGCCGGUACGUAUCAGAAUGGAGGCAAUGGAAAUUAACAAGGUGCAUAAAUGUGAACCGCAACCUCAGGAUGGCCUGAUAGUCGACGACCAGCUUUGCAUCCUACAAGGCAGUACCGGCCUAGCAAUCCUCCGACCCGAGGGAGACAAUCACUUCAGCUUGAUCGUCUUGGAGCACUCGGACUAUCCACGGGUCAAUCUUCAUCUUUUUGACAAUUUGUCGGCGGGCGGAUAUGCUGAGAGUUCCGUUUUUGGCGAGAUUGUCCACAGGCUGUCCGAGAUUUCGAUUCGCGAUGGCUGGGGUAGGGGCGUCAAUGGCACCGAUGCGUUCUGCCUGGUGUGA